CAUUGCUGACAUAAUGUCAAUAGACCCCCCCAGCCCCAUAAUGUACCUACCUAAAGACUUGAAGACCUAUAUAUACACUCAUCCCCUUCACUAGAAACAGUAGCGAAUGGAUCAGCGGACUCCGCCUAGAUCACAGACAUCAAACCUCACAUUGUCUAGCUUCGCCCCGCGAGGCCAUAGCAGCACUACCACCAUGUGCACUCCGGUACGGCAGCCACUUCAGCCUCAAUCCCAUAACGAAAAAGGGUUCUCGAAAAGCGAAGACUUCUCAACAGUAAUGGACGAGGCUAGAGUGAACAUCCCUCUCACCAUGUCCUGGCCUCCCCCGCAAGGACCCGUUCCUCCGCAACCCAUGCAGGACUCGUCAAGCUUCCAUCUUGGUGGAUACUAGGAUACCCCCAUAGGAAAAAUACCAGUCCUCGUGCCGUCUCUGAAGCCCCCAGACGAGCAGGAUAUGUAUCAAUCCAAUGUUCUGAUGCCUUAUCGGUUCGCCGAGUACAGUGAAGGAAAACUACAUCCCUGGCGGUAUAAAUUUAUAGCACCAAAAGGCCUAUUGGUUGAGGUUACAUAUCUCAGAGCAUUAUAUAGCAGAAGAGUUGCUGUGGAGGUCUUACUUAUGGAUAUUUUCUCUCUUCUCUGGCACCUUGAUCGAAGAGUGCUUUACGAUCCGGCAUGCCUAGAGUGUCUAUAUCCCCGGGAAUGGACAUAUAUAAGUUCAGAAACGACCAUUUUCAGGCCAACAAGCUUCGAAACUGCGUGCGCGGCGUACAAAAAGCGCACCCUGAACGGAUAUCUAGACGACAGUUUCGCAUAUACAUCACCAGGGGUAGAUGACGUCAAAAUAAGCAAUCCUGACUGUGAGAUGAAAAUAAAUCGCUUUCUCAACGGGCUAGAUAUGGCAAGCGUAGACCCAGAGGAGGUAAAUGGAACAUGGGUAGACGAUACUAUAGAGUCUUCAAGGAGGCAGGAUUAUGACAACAUGUCCAUCUAGUUCGUGAAAGGCGAAACGAGAAAAGUAUGGUCCUUCAGCGGUUUGAAAUUUAAUAUUCAGCGUCAUGACCUUAAGAGGUAUUCAAAAAUCAGAACAUUGUGUAGAGCCACUUAUAGUUGCAACAUCAGUUAUGGAAAGGGUUGCAUUAAUAUCAACCCGAGCAGCGUUGAAAACAGACUUAGAUACCUAGUUAAUAAUUAAUAUAGUUUCUAUCUUAA